AAGCACAAUAAAGAAGCUAUAAGAUCACGCACAGAUUAUUUAUAAUAAAAAAUCUAUCUUAUUAUCAAUAUGCCUGGUCUCAUUUCAACUGAAGAAAGUAAAUUUAUAAGAAAAAUAUUAAUUCCAAUUUAUGAAAGUUCCGAAGCUCAUAAAGCAAUAUUAUGGUAUGUUAAUAAUCUGAAACUUCCUGGUGAUUUGAUUAUUUUCUUACAUGUUGUUGAACCGAUUCUACCAUCUGCUUUAUCUGGAUUAUCAAGUCAAUAUGAAACAAUGCCAUGUAAUGCUAAAUAUCAUGUAUCUGAAAAAAUAAUGAAUAAAGCUAAAUUAUUAUGUCAAGAACUUGUACAUGAAGCAAAUAUAUAUGGUAUAAAAUCAGAAGCAAUGAUACAAAUUGAUACAAAACCAGGUCCAGCUAUAAUUAAAAUGAUUAAUGAACAACAUAUUGAUAAUAUUAUUAUGCUUAAACGUAGUUUAAGUUUUAUUAAACGUGCAAUUACUGGAAGUGUUAGUUCAUAUGUAUUACAUCAUUCUAAUAUACCAGUUACUAUUCUAUCAUCAAUGAAUAAUUGAAAUUUAUUUUAAAGAUAAUAAAACGAUCAACCUCUUUUGUCCAAAAAAAAUAAAAAAAUAAAACGCAUUUUCAGUAUUGUACGUAUAUACAUAUACAUAUAUGGAAAGAGAUAAUAGUAUUACAUAAUUCAUUCAUAGAAAUAUUGAAAUGAGACAAUGAACAAUGAAGGCACUUUCUUUAAACAUUAAGAUGAUCAACGCCCUUCC